GGGCAGCCACAACUUCUCUGGGCAACCUGCUCCAGUGUCUCACCACCCUCUGAGUGAAGAAUUUCUUCCUUAUGUCUAAUCUAAAUUUACCCUCUUUUAGUUUAAACACAUUACCCCUUGUCCUAUCGUUACAGGCCCUGGUAAAAAGUCCCUCUCCAUCUUUCUUUCAAACCCCCUUUAAGUAUUGAAGGGCCACAAUAAGGUCCUCUGAGAACCUUCCCUUCUCCAGGCUGAACAACCACAACCAGUCUGUUUCUUCAUAGCAGAAAUAUUGUUCUUUCAGUAAGGAGUGAAAGGUGUUCUCUGAACAUCGGAGUAUAAUCCAGGAAUUCCUGUGAACCAGAGUCUGAAGCUAGGUUGUACCUCAGUCUCCCUAAAUGCAACAGGAGUUGUCGUGUCCUAGGCAUAAGGCAUGUACUAUGACCUGAAAGCACUUUUUGGAUGCAAAGAGGAGUUAAUGAAUUGCUGCUGUAGAUGCAACACUCAGGACAGAACAGGACAGUUGCCUUAGCUGCAGAAUAUCAAUAUUCUACAGAAAAGGGGAGGGCAGAGUGGCUGAUUUUUAUCAAGGUCUUACAUGAAAAGGGGAAGUUGGAUUUCUGGAAACGCUUGCCUGUUACAGAGAAGGCUCUCAGACAUUCCAGCUUUAUUGGAGCAAAGGAAUGAAACGUGAGACUUCAAUUCCACACAGAGCCAGCAACCAAUCCUGCCUAGGAAGCUAUAACAGGGUUCUACCUGUCUGAUGAAAGUGCAGCUGGAGAAAAGCUCACCACGCGUCAAGAUGAGGUAGAGGGACUCCUAAUGGUCUGUAGUUGUCCCAUUCACACUCUUACUCGUGUUUUCACUACUACAUUUCCUUUAAUAUUUAAAAGCUUAGCAGGCAGAGCAUGAACACAACUCAGUAGUUCUCUGCAGAGACUGUACCAACAAGGAACCCUCUACCUUCAGUGUAAGUAGUUUUCUUCCUGACUGGACAAUACCUCAUGGUUCAGUGGCCCAGGUCAAUGAUGCAGCAGUCCUCAGCAUGGAGGGUGUCAGUCAGGUGUCUGCCAUUUUCUCUGGAAUAGAUAAAAGAACAAGUUGGUGGGCAACUUUCCACAAGUGCUUCCAUUUUACAAGAUCCGUGGGAGGAUUUGCUUAUACAGAUUGGCAUCUAUUUGUGUGAUGCUUAACAGCGGCAGCACCAGACUUUCUCAUCUAGACCAAGCUGAGGAAGCUUAGCACUGAUAUUUGUGGCAUUAGCAACAAUGCAGAUAAUUCAUCUGACCUGUCUGCAUCAUGGCUUUUAUCUCCCUGCACCUACCUAUUAGCUCAAAUGAUAACUCCUCAGCACUGAAUCCUACCCGGCCUGUCACCCUGGCUGGACUUCCAUUGGAGUUGCUUUGGUCUCUGCAAAAGAUGACUGGCAAGAAAAGUCUUGGAGCUGUGACCUUAUUCCCCCUAUCACUUGCAGCAGGCAAUUAAAUACCAGUAGGGCAGCAGAGGUAGGAGCACUGCCUGAAUGCAGUGCACUACAGAAAAGACAUUUUGCUAAGAUUGUUUAGGGAGGAGCCCGCCACUGCUCAGGUGUUAGAGGGUGGCUUGUGCUGGAAAAAAAAAUAAGUAAGGAAAAAAGCUGGUCUCCACGACAACCAUGUGUAUGAAGCACAGAGGGUAACGGUUGUCAGGGAUGGAGGGAAAGUAACAUGGGGACUGGAAAAGAAGACGGCACUUAAAAAAGGAAUUAGGGAUGUUUUCUGCUUAACUGAAACAUUUCUGCUUUAACAGACUAUUUUGGUUUCAGAUAAUUGUCAUCGAUUCUCUGUAAUUCCUUUCUUGUUAAAAAAAAAAAAAAAAAGUUUUUAAGCUAACCAAAUAUGUAUUUCCUUGUUUUGCUUAAAGAACAUUAUCUCAGUUAUAAUGAGCAAGCUUCUGCUUUUACUCUGUCUGUUGACCUGCCUAAUGUUGAGAGGCCUGGUUAAAAUGUUUGUACAUGGUGAAACCAAGCAAAAAAUAAUAAUGCACAACUGUUGCUUCCUUACAAUUCUGAAUGAAUUAACUUUUCUGUUGUAUCCAUUGGGAUACCUGCUGUGUAUUAAACCUAGUGCUUAACAAUGUCUUCUUCCUUUGGUCUAUGAAUGUGGUUUAUUUAGGUACAUUACUGGUCCAUUUGUUGUCAUAUAUUUCAUUAAAAAUGAAAGGAGCUGCCAUGUGAUGAUUGUGCAGUUCAGUGGCUUUUGCUUUCAUCACUCCACGGGGUACAAUACUGUUUGUCAAUAGAAAAGAGGCGUGGAGGAAGCGAGUAUUGUUAUGAAAUGACAUAGGGGGAAAAAAUCAGAACAAUAUUUGACUGCACAGAUUGCCUCUGAACUCUGUAAUGGAUCUGUGGCUAGCAUUCCACAGCCUAAGGGUUGCAAAUGGGCAGAAGCUGAGUACUUAGGGAAAGACUCUGUACUUCAAACAGACAACCUGCUUUAAGGUCAGCUGGACUUUCUUCUUAACUCCCCAGUCCUGCAGGAGUUCAACUCCCAGUUAAUUCAAUGGUCACUGUAAAAUCUCUAAAGGGUCACAUUCUCAGUGGCUGAAGCAGGAGAAGGGAUUAUGUGAAACUGAACUGCCUGUAGGGAGCUGAAAACAUACCACAUUGUAAGAGAACAGAGAUAAUUUAUGCUUCCAGCAGCAUGAAAUUCCUAGCUAGAAUACCAUAAGAAUCUAGAGUCUCUGCUCAGAAAUUUGCUAACGGAGUAUUUCUGAACUGAGCCUAACUUCAACCAGAGACAUUUGGGUUGAAAUAAACUCUGAUCUCUGUAAGACAGGUUUAAAAACUGUGAGAGAAGAUAAAAGUAUAACAUGCACCAAAUUCUUCUAAUCAUGAAGAAAGAGAGAAUAUAUUCUUCUUUAGGACAGAUUAUUUUGGAAUAUCAGAAUGUUUCUACUAUGAAGUGGGUAAUACCGUUACUACUCAAAUUGCCUUUGUUAAGCUUUAAAAUUUACACCUCUCCCCAGAAAGCAGAAAGACAUUACCCACCUUAUUUCCUGUUUGCAGACAGAGAUUGAUUCUAUUGUUCUGAGCUUCCUACUGUUCUGAAAGGUUUUCUUUGCAACUGAAGGAACAGAAGGAUUUUUAGGAUAUUUAAAGCAUGCAGGGCCAUCUCCAAACUCCCAGGUUUGACAAGCACUGAUCAGUGAGUGACAAGCACAGUCAGUGAGGUUUCUGAGGGAUGAUUUCUGUAGGUUUUGCAUUUACCUAGAAUAAUUUUAAAAAAGCAAAAGGAUUUGAAUGACCACUGAAAAGGCGAAUUUAGACCGUUAUUUUUAUUAACAUGUUAAUGCAGCUGUCUUAGGUAAGUAAUUUGUGACCUGUGCAACCAGGUGCUUUCCUGGAACCAGCAGGUGGCCACUGAUUCACUUAAAAUAGACUAAAAUAAUUCAAACCAUGUCAUUUAUGGUCAAACAAUAACAAGCAAUCAGCUACUUUUCAGGUGGUGGAGGAUAAAUUUGCAAAGAAUGUGAUUUUUCUUCCUAAGUUUUUACUGGGAAGGAAGUUAACAAAAGCUGCAAAUUAAGAGCUACAUUAAAGCCAAAGAAAGUUUAAAGAGAAACCACUAAUUUCAGAACUUCCACAGGCUUGUGGUGAGAUUCAUCUCCCCUAAAUAGACAGACAUUCAGAGUGUAAAUGUGUACAUCUAAACUAGUCAUCUUGGCUCUUUUAUUGUUAGCAAGAGACAAAAGUGCAUCUAGGGUGCAAUUCACCAACUUCUGGAUGUCUGCUUUCGGGUGAGGAGGGCCAUUCUCCAGACAUGCCUACUUCCCUCCACGGCUGUCAAGGGAGUCUAAUGGCCUCAGUCAGAUGCACUGCAGACAUAUGAAGUCAGAUCAAAUCCCACCCCAACAACCUCCUCCCCAAGUUAUGCCAGACAUUUUGUAAGCUCCGUUUGCAUUAAGAGAGCUGUCUAAAUGUGCUCAGCCACGCACAGCCUCUGCAUUUCUCCCCAGGGCGCAGGAAAGCAACAGAUAAAAAUAAAUUGGCGUGACCAGAGUUAGCGCCGCGGUGCUGCAUCUCACCCAGCCAGCACCCCAAACCCUCACCUCCCAGCCGUGCACCCCUGUGGGGCCCCUUUUAUUGCUAUAUACGUUUAGCAGUGUUUCCCUCGGGUCUAAAUGCAAUUUUCACCCGUAACGCUGCCCUGAGAGGCCUCAAUGGCUGGGGAAAUACAGCCUGAUGGCUGAGGUGCCCGUACAGAGCCCGGGGGUGAGGGGGGAAAAUGAAGAAAGCGCCUUUCUCUGGGCAAAACGCAACGGGGCCGGCGGCGUGUGAAGGGAAGGAGGAAGACCCAGGGACUGCAGCGGCCCUACAAAGGCGAAGGGAGGAAAGAGACGCGGGGACCUGCAUGGAGGGAGCCGAGCUGCCCCCCUCAGCCCCUCACAGGGCCUGGGCCACCUCAGGGAGCGGCCUCGGGGCCGGGAGCUCCGCUGGGCCGAGCCGCUCAAGCCCAGGCUCCGCCUCAGGGCGCUGCCCGUGGCCGGGGCGGCGCCGCUCGCCCUUGCGGGCCCUGCGGGCGCCAUGGGGGUGACCGGGCUGGGGGUGAGGGCGGCACACACGGCCCUGAGCGGGGGCUUGGCGCUGGGGCUCCUCCUGCACCCCACAGAUCUACGAGAGCAAGUGGAGCGUGGAGAGCUGCUGCUGCCAGUGAUCUUCACCGUGCUGGUGCUGUGCUCUGUCCUGCUGUACUUUAAGGUGUCUCUCAUGGAUCCAGGCUUUGUUAAGUCUGAAGAGGAAGUGAAGGCAGACAAGAACGAAGAACAAAACAUAGUGAUACCCCAGGUUUCAAGCAGUAUUAAGAUGCGGCGUUGUGGCUACUGCAUGGUGAAGCAACCAAUGCGAGCCAAACACUGCCAGGUGUGCCAACACUGUGUACGGCGUUAUGACCAUCACUGCCCCUGGAUUGAGAACUGUGUGGGAGAGAAGAAUCACCCCCUCUUCAUAGUUUACUUGAGCAUACAGCUUGUAGUUCUGCUGUGGGGAGUUCACACUGCUUGGUCAGGCCUCUACUUCAAACAGUCCUGGGACUGGCUGAAGCACAACAUUUUCCUCCUCAUGUCCUUCAUCCUGAUAGUCAUAUUCACCAUAGUUGUCCUGCUGCUGCUUAUUUCACACCUCUACCUGAUCUCAUGCAACACCACCACCUGGGAAUUCAUGUCAUAUCAUCGUAUCUCCUACCUGCGACACUCUGAGUUGGAGAAUCCAUUUGACCAAGGGGUAGUCCUCAAUCUCUGGAGAUUCUUCUGUUCGUGCCAUCUCACUGCAUGGGAGAAAAUCUAUUUUCACAGGAACUAUGAGCCCGUCUAGACACAGUAGUGCCUUCUCAGCGGAAUGCCAAGACAUCUGCAGGUUGCUGGAUAAAACUUUACUAAUGCAAUCUCUCCUAUUUCCUUGCAUGGAACUUUAGUACGUCAUCAACUAUGCAACCUGCUCCACAACCUGUUCAUCCAUAAACACAAGUUACAUUUCAAGAAGGAUGGUCAGGGUUAUUUUUUAUAUAUAAAUAACACUGUUAUAGGAGAGAGACUGGUUCUGGUAAGGGUGAAUACUGGCCUGAGCAAUAAUAUCUCUCCAAAUUUACCUCCUUCUUUUAGCUGCACCCGUAUCUCCCUAGAAAAGAUGCAAGGAAAGUGUGAACAGCCAUGUACCUUCCAUUAACUUUCCUCUCCAUUUGCUGCUAAGGAACAGCAGCCAUUACAAACAAACCAACCAGAAUCAAUAUCAUUCCUGUGGCCUUUCUUCAGCAUAGUUUUCACUGUGAGAACUGCAGUGCCUUUUGUCAAUAGCGUUGGGCACAUAAUAGAAAUAUUUGAGUAAAUAUUUGGACAGUCAAAAGCAAAUUUCAUUUUGACUACAUGCCUAAAUUUCAUGCUCUUUCACAGAUUUGAGGUUUUAUAGUAUUAAUGUGCAUGAGAAACAGCUGUAAGACACCAAAUUCAGCUUAUGAAGUAAUUAAUCUAUGCUUUGCAAUGCCCUGACCAACAUCUUAAAAGUUGUUUUUUUUUUCCUCUCUAUGUUGAUAUUAACAAUUCACGGGGUAUCUUGAAAGAAUUCAGCAAAGAAUGAUGGCAUCCACUUUUCUUUUGACAGAAAAGCAAUACUUGCCUACUAAAUUAUUUCUGCAGAUAACCUCAAGCUCUAGGCCAUCACUGUAGCUAACAGGGAAAGAGCCAGUAACAGAGGAGUGUACUUCUUGCCUAGCUCAAAUAAUACCUUUGGUAAUACUACUACCUCAGCAUAUUAGUAAAACUGUAACGAAAUAAAAAGUAUCAGUGGAAAGGAACAUUUGUUUCUAUGGGAUUAGUGGGUGCUGGUAGCAUCCCAGGACAGCAGCAAGCUUACUUGUUUUCCAUUGUAAUGGUUCCUACUUCAAGUUUCUGUGAAGGACUAAAGGGAAAGUUAGAAUGUGCAAUUUUAGUCUUAAAAGCAGAAAAGCCUGUCGUGUGAAUUUUAGUCCCGACUCUUUUCUGUUUAAAAAACAACAACAACAAAACUACCCAACAACGUAGUUAAUAUUAUUUUGUGCCUUAAUUGCUUUGAAUUUAUGCCAGAAAUUAAUGCCAGCUCAAGAACACAUCUGGCAUGCUGGUGGGAUGCACUCAGGGUCUAAAGUUGAUCAGUACUCAUGAAGGGACAGUGUAGUGACUAAUACAGCACAAAAGUCCAAGAGCAGAUUGAAACAGCAAAAGAGUCUCUUUUUUUUUUGACCAAAUUCAGUGUCUGUAAACUGCAUCAGUCUGGUUUGUUCAGGAAAGAAACUCCUAUCAGAGGGAUAUCAGGAUGUUAAGAAUUAUUUUCAUAAUAAUGAUGUACAACAUGGAAAGGAUUCUGCAAUUUGUUUGGUCAGUGUGGUGCCUGCCAAAAUAUGGCUCGUCUGCUAGUUAGCAAUUACUGUUUCUUCUGAUAGCAGUUGAAUAAAAAAUCGUCAUCAGGUAUUACAGCUCAAAACACACUGUGUUGCUCUGUUUGGUAGUUCUUUUUUAAAUGCACUGGGAUGGUAAUUUAAAGUCUUUUUACUAUACAAAGUAUUAAAAGAUUAAAUACA